UCGGAGAGAGGGCUGUGGUAAAAGCCGUUCGGAAAAUGGCCGCCGCCGCCGCCGCCGCCGCCGCCACCGCCGCCGCGCCGAGCGGAGGAGGAGGAGGAGGCGAGGAGGAGAGACUGCUCCAUAAAAAUACAGACUCACCAGUUCCUGCUUUGAUGUGACAUGUGACUCCCCAGAAUACACCUUGCUUCUGUAGACCAGCUCCAACAGGAUUCCAUGGUAGCUGGGAUGUUAGGGCUCAGGGAGGAAAAGUCAGAAGACCAGGAUCUCCAGGGCCUCAAAGACAAGCCCCUGAAAUUUAAGAAGGUGAAGAAAGACAAAAAAGAAGACAAAGAAGGCAAACAUGAGCCGCUACAGCCUUCAGCCCACCAUUCUGCCGAGCCAGCAGAGGCAGGCAAAGCAGAGACAUCAGAAAGCUCAGGCUCUGCCCCAGCAGUGCCAGAAGCCUCUGCUUCCCCCAAACAGCGGCGUUCCAUCAUUCGUGACCGAGGACCUAUGUAUGAUGACCCCACCUUGCCUGAAGGUUGGACACGAAAGCUUAAGCAGAGGAAGUCUGGCCGUUCUGCUGGAAAGUAUGAUGUAUAUUUGAUCAAUCCCCAGGGAAAAGCUUUUCGCUCUAAAGUGGAAUUGAUUGCGUACUUUGAGAAGGUAGGCGACACCUCCUUGGACCCUAAUGAUUUUGACUUUACGGUUACUGGGAGAGGGAGCCCCUCCCGGAGAGAGCAGAAACCACCUAAGAAGCCCAAAUCUCCCAAAGCUCCAGGAACUGGCAGGGGUCGGGGACGCCCCAAAGGGAGCGGCACUGGGAGACCCAAGGCAGCAGCAUCAGAAGGUGUUCAGAUGAAAAGGGUCCUGGAGAAGAGCCCUGGGAAACUUCUUGUCAAGAUGCCUUUCCAAGCAUCGCCUGGAGGAAAGGGUGAGGGAGGCGGGGCUACCACUUCUGCCCAGGUCAUGGUGAUCAAACGCCCUGGCCGAAAGCGAAAAGCUGAAGCUGACCCUCAAGCCAUUCCUAAGAAACGUGGCAGAAAGCCUGGGAGUGUGGUGGCAGCCGCUGUUGCAGAGGCCAAAAAGAAAACCGUGAAGGAGUCUUCCAUACGGUCUGUGCAUGAGACCGUGCUCCCGAUCAAGAAGCGCAAGACCCGGGAGACAGUCAGCAUUGAAGUCAAGGAAGUGGUGAAGCCCCUAUUGGUGUCCACCCUUGGUGAGAAGAGUGGGAAGGGACUGAAGACCUGCAAGAGCCCUGGGCGAAAAAGCAAGGAGAGCAGCCCCAAGGGGCGCAGCAGCAGCAGCAGUGCCUCCUCACCCCCUAAGAAGGAGCACCAUCAUCACCACCACCAUUCAGAGUCCCCAAAGGCGCCCAUGCCACUGCUCCCACCCCCACCCCCACCCCCACCUGAGCCUGAGAGCUCUGAGGACCCCAUGAGCCCCCAUGAGCCCCAGGACUUGAGUAGCAGCAUCUGCAAAGAGGAGAAGAUGCCCCGAGGAGGCUCGCUGGAGAGCGAUGGCUGCCCCAAGGAGCCAGCCAAGACUCAGCCCAUGGUCGGGUCGACCACCGCCACAGUUGCAGAAAAGUACAAACACCGAGGGGAGGGAGAGCGCAAAGACAUUGUUUCAUCCUCCAUGCCAAGGCCAAACAGAGAGGAACCUGUGGACAGCCGGACGCCCGUGACCGAGAGAGUUAGCUGACUUUACACAGAGUGGAUUGCAAAGCAAACCAACAAGAAUAAAGGCAGCUGUUGUCUCUUCUCCUUAUGGGUAGGGCUCUGACAAAGCUUCCCGAUUAACUGAAAUAAAAAAUAUUUUUUUUUCUUUCAGUAAACUUAGAGUUUCGUGGCUUCAGGGUGGGAGUAGUUGGAGCAUUGAGAUGUUUUUCUUACCAACAAGCACAGUCAGGUUGAAGACCUAACCAGGGCCAGAAGUAGCUUUGCACUUUUCUAAACUAGGCUCCUUCAACAAGGCUUGCUGCAGAUACUACUGACCAGACAAGCUGUUGACCAGGCACCUCCAACACCCUCCCCCCAGUGUGCUCAUUAGAGACAGCAGUUGAGAGGACACUCCCAUUUUUGGUGCCAUUGAUGCCCUGUCCAUAGCUUCCCUGACUCUUCCACUAUCCCAGCUCCCAAUCUGAGGGACUGGGAGGUAUGAGGCAGGAAAAACCAUUGGAUUCUUUAGAGAAGACUGGAGGUGGCCAGUGAUUGUGGCCCAAUGAUUAGAACUGUGGUGGCACAAGUCUGGCCCCACGCCCACCCCAAUCCAAAACUGACAAGGUUAUUUUGAAAAAUAGGAAAGUGGCACCUGUCUGAUACAGCUCUGGCAUGGCUAGGAGCGAGUUCUGAACUGCUAGAUUGUAGACUGCCUGAGCCACAGAAGAGGAUGACACAGGGUGAAAUGUCAUCACCUGUUCAUAAGGCAUGCUCUCCUAGAGAAUGUUAAAGAGGUGCCAUGGAGGCCGGCAGGAGAGGGCACAGGCAGGCUGGGUGGGGGUCAAGCCAGGCCUAGUGCCACAGAACAAGAGCAGCCUAUGACUAAUAGUUAAGGACUUAGUGGAUGGAACAAGGGGUAUGGGGGAAGAAAGAAAAAUAUUCUUCCAAUUACUUUACAGUUUUCCUUUAGGGACAGCUUAGAAUUAUUUGCACUAUUGAGUCUUCAUGUUCCCACUUCAAAACAAACAGAUGCUCUGAAAGCAAACUGGCUUGAAAUGGUGACACUUUGUCCCACAAGCCACCAGACUUGGCAGUGUUCAGAACUACCUGGAUGGAUCUGUAUAUACCUGCGCUUGUUUUAAAGUGGGCUCAGCGCAUAGGGUUCCCACGAAGCUCCGAAACUCUAAGUGUUUGCUGCAAUUUUAUAAGGACUUCCUGAUUGCUUUCUCUUUUGUCCUUCCAUUUCUGCUUUCCUUCCAUUUCAUGCUUUCGUUUCUUACCCAUCCUCCUUCCCCUACCUCCUAAUUGUCUCUUCUGUUCCAGGCAACUUUAGUGCCCAACCACAUGCUUACCUGACAGCAGUCAACCACAGCCCUAGGAUUCUCCCUGCCCUUUGACUUCCCAUUGCCAGUGCCAGCUAUCAUGUUUAACCCUGAGCAAGUGCUGGGCUCUGCUGAGUCCUUCCUAACCUGAAGAACAAGAGGUCAGUAAGCUCUUGCUCCCCUAGGUAGCUUCUUCCUUGCUAAGAAAAACGUCAAAAGGCUUUUCAGACCCUAAACAAUGAGCCUUUUUACCUUCUGCUCUAGAAAAGUGGGCUAGAGAAACUGGGCCACAUGUGGUAGCUGAAAGAGAUAUAGAGGCCCCCUGUGUUCUGCCAGAAUCACUGAGUGGCCCAACAGGGGCACCAUGCCCACUGUCCUUGAAGUCUAACGUCAAGCAUAAUGUGGUAAGGCACCUGUCAGGACUUGAGCUGGGAGUGACACCAGGGCUCCUUGCUCUUCUUCUGACAUAAACACCUGCCAAGUCUUUUUCUAGUAGAAUUCUUUUCCUUUUGCUCACUGGGGACUGGGUGGAGCCAGCACACCCCAUAUUUCAAUCUCUGCUCUGUAAGUGUAAUGGUGGAUUUUAUAGGCUUGGCUUUGCUGUGGGAUUUUAAUUGAUCAGUUUUUAUUUGGGAUCCCAAAGUUUUAACCUCUGUUCAGGAAGUCCUUAUCUAGCUGCAUAUCUUCAUCAUAUUGGUAUAUCCUUUUCUGUGUUUACAGAGAUAUCUCGUAUCUAAAUCUGUCCAACUGAGAAGUACCUUAUCAAAGUAGCAAAUGAGACAGCAGUCUUAUGCUUCCAGAAACACCCACAGGCACAUCCCAUGUGAACUGCUGCCAUGAACUGUCAAGUGUGUGUUGUCUUGUGUAUUUUCGUUACCGUUCCCCAGCUUCUUUACUGCGGUGUAAUCAUGGAAGAGUGAAACAUCAUAGAAAUCAUCUAGCACUUCCUUGCCAGUCUUUAGUGAUCAGGAACCAUAGUUGACAGUUCUAAUUGAUAGCUUAAGAUAAAACCAUGUUUGUCUCUUCUAGAAUGGUUAGAACUAAGUGAGAGAUUUUGCCCCAUUCUGAUUGCAGUCAUAGUUGGGCUUUCUUGCAUAUUUGUAUCCCUUUCCUUGUGCUACAAAUGCAAACCUUGCAACCAACUUCCCGUCAGGCAAUCAUUUUGCCUGCUCUGCUGUUGAUCCUCAGCAUUGGUUCUGAUUCCUCCCCAGGAAUGGAAGAGAGGGGUCAGAAGAGGGACUCUCAAGGGUCCAGGCUUCCUCCAAGGACAAAAGGCCCCUGCGGGCCCCCACUGCACCCCACCCCUGCAGUGGCCUCACACUCCCCAAGGACACCUUUCCAUACCCUCACAGCAUCUAGGCAGGUUGACAUCAAAUUGUUUAUUGUGGUUUGCUUGGGGUUUUGAUAUUAUACUUACUUAGUCCAAUGAAAUGUGACUCUUAGGUUGGGGAUCCCUCAUCCUUGGAAGACAAAGUAGGCUGAUUAGACAUUCACAGUUGGGAUUGCAGCACUUUGGGUGCCAUUUUCUUUAAUUUGAUCCCCAUCUUCAGCCUCCUUACUCCCCAGCUUUCCCUUAGAGCUGGUUUCAAAACUGCAGGUGGUGGUGCCUGCAGCUCCUUAGGGUUUUUUGUUUGUUUGUUUUUGUUGUUGGGGUUUUUGUUUUUUGGAGGGGUUUUUUUGGAAUUUUUUUUUUUUUUGGCUUUCUGCUUUUUUUUCCCAUUCCCUCAUCCCCAAAUAAGGGCAUCAUGAGUCAGUCUACUUUAAGUGGGCAAUUUUUUUUUGGGGGGGGGGUGCCCUGUCAGCUAAGGACUCUAUAUAGGCACUCAUGCUGCUUUUGCCUUGCAGUCAGGUUAACAGGAGGUAGAAAGGGAAAGCCAUAGGAUUCUCACCAGCUGUGUCUGGCUCAGACCUGGAGUAUGGCCUUGCUUUUGAUGUAUUUGAAUAUUAUAAAGAUUGGGUGGCAUUUUCACUGGAUAUGUAAAGAAUACAGGAACUGACCGACAGCUUUCAGGUACCUGGGGCUAGAUCUUGAAAGUCAUAUCCAAUCUUCCCUACCAUGUUCUUGUUGUUAGUUACUACUACCUCUCCCAAAUAGAUUGUUGUAUAUCCUCCAACUUUGUUCGUCCUGGCCCAUUCCUGCCCAUUCUUGAGUAGAACUGAUGCCCCUGACAGUGUAGUGAGUUGAGAACUCUUGGUCACAGCCAGCCUCUAGUACAGCUGCUGCUCCAGUACCUUCUGCUGGUACUGUAUUUCCAUAUCAAAAGGCACCAGGGAGAUCUAAAAGUACCACUUCCCCCAGUCCAUCAGUGCCAAUGUAGCCUGUGAUCCCAGCAUGGGUACAGAGAACUCUGUUUAGUGCUAUCCCAACAGACUAGAAGCCACAAACUUUGGAAGUGGGAACCAGAGCGGCCCAAAUUGCCGCUGCUUCCCCCAGCUUGUUCUUGCUACAACAGUGAUAAAAGGGCAAUAACCAGAGACUUACUGCCAAGUUUGGUAGGGAAAGAGUUUCUAGAGCUAAUAGGACUUUUGAAUUUUAAGUAAGUUGUAAUAAGUGGCUCAAGCACAGCCAGGAACAAGCAAAAGGCUUGGAACUGAUCAGAUGAGACCAGCCAGAUUUCAUGCCACUCAAGUGGAGUCCAGCUGCCUGAGCUCUAUAGCACUUCUCUAACCACAAAGAGCAGUCUAGCCAGGCUCUCCAGGCUGAGGAGUGGUCACAGUUCUAAAAGAAAACAUUUGUGCAUCAGUUCAUGGCCUAUAUCUUUGCCCCAUUGUUUGCUGAUUCAGGUUCACACUACAGAUUCUAGGACAGAUGGCUGGGACUUGGAAAAAAAGUUUCUAGAGCCCCUGUGGACCAUGGCAUAGCAAAGUCCCAAGUUGAAGGGGGCUAGGCAGAUGCAGCAAUGCCCUAUGCUGGACCAAGUGCCCUCUGCUCCAUUCACAUCCUCUUCUGGCUCUUCCUUCCUGUUCUCUGCUUCAGUGAACCAGCCGAACUCUGAAGAGAGUUGUUGAUUCUCUCCAUUUUGAUGUCCUUCUAUUUUAGGUACUAUAUUAACCUUUAGAAAAAGCUCAGUCUAAUUGUUACAAAUCGCUAGGAUACUGCCUCCCCCAGUAUGCUAAAGGGGAAAAAUUGAACACUGAAACUAGUUCUCAACUAUUUAGUAGGAAAACCUUGAAAAUAUUGGGCAAAAAAAAAACCCAAUAAUACAUUUUGAUGGUUCUGAAUAAGAGGAGGCUUUUGCAAAAAAAAUAUGUUGAUUCAAAAGUACUUAGUUCUGGUGAGCGAUCUGAGCAAAGGGAACUCCUACAUCUGUGGAGGUCAAACUGGCAGACUGUUGAGAUUCUAGACAUUAUUAUUAGAAAACCUCUUUGGGUAGCUGACCCCAGGAUACCACUUCUGACCUUGUCCUUUGCUGGUAUGAAGUUUACUGGCCUACCAGAUGCCAAAACUUCAUGAAACCAGCUCUUGGUGUAUCAAGUGGAACACUUGCCAAUGACCCAGAAGGCCCAUCACAAAGUGUCUUCUCUCUUCUCAUCUUCACUGAGCCUACCCUAGCACUACUGCAUAAACUAGGGAGGGUCUGUUGCCUACAGAGCAUCCCUCCCUGGGACCUACUGUCUCUUGUACUCUGCCUACCCCUCCCUCAGGAUCUUGGCAUAGAUGAAAUGGCUGUGUGGCAAGUACUUUGGCAUGCCCUCCUAAACUUACCCCAGUGCCUCUCCCUGCCUCUUUAAGUCAGUCUCCCACUAGGGAGGCAUGAGAGCCCAUAGAGUGAAGAAGGGAGGACAAGAAAAGCAGGCAGGCAGGCAAUGCAAAGGCUCUAAGAGGAAGGACAGGCCCUCAGGCUUUGCACAAGCAGGACUCAGCCACUCAUGGAACUAAGUAUCAUCUUUGAGUUUAAGAACAUUUGGGCAACUUGCAAAUGACCUUUGUUCCUUGCUCUUCCUCUCAUCUUUUAUCAGGUCCUGUUUAGCACAAAGAGAAAAUGCAGUGAAAAGGCAAAGAGGUUUGGCUCCUGCCCACUGAUAGUCCCUCUCCCUGCAUUGUUUGUGUGUCAAGUGGCAAAGCUGUUCUUCCUGGUGACCCUGAUUAUAUCCAGUAAUUUAUAGACUAUAUGCAUAGGUCUGCUUUGUCUCUUCUAUUCUGGGCUUUUGAUUUGCUCUUCAGUUUUGCUUUUAGUUUUUCUAUUUUUAUUUUAUGUACCAACUAGACACACAAAGCAGUUGAAUUUAUAUAUAUAUAUAUAUGUAUAUUGCACAAUUAUAAACUCAUUUUGCUUGUGGCGCCACACACACAAAAAAAAAUUUUUGAAAUUAUACCUGUUGCUUAAUUACAAUAUUUCUGAUAACCAUAGAGUAGGACAAGGGAAAAUAAAAAAGAAAAAAAAAGAAAAAAAAGAAAAAAAAAGACAUCUGCUGGUCACUUUUUCUGUCCAAGCAGAUCUGUGAUCUUUCCUCACUUCUUUCAAAGGCUUCCCUGUGCUAAGUGAAGGAAGCUCCAGGCUGCACCCAGGUUUUGUACUUUGUUUCUCCUCUGCCGUGAAAGGGGCCCCAUGAUUCUGGGUGCAGAACAGUUCAUUUCAGCAUGGCAAGGGGGGAGCAGGCGCACUCCCUUUACCUGCUGAAAUCAGAACUUAGUGGGCAUAGCCCAGUCCUCACUUCUAGCGGUGGGGAACUCGCAUGCAUGGUGGUGGCCCAAUGUCCUCCACCCUUCCCUGGCCAGGGAGAGCCUGUGUGUAGUAAGUCUGGCAGGCUUCCCCCAAUUAGCAGGGCUCGGAGCAUUUCAAAAACCCUCCUCACUUUGCCGAGUCCAGGGACUGGAGAGGAGAUAGGAGACUUGACUUAUCUCUAAACUUGUUAGCUGUACCAGGUAGAAUGCCAGAGACCCCAGAAUCACAUCCAGCAGUCUAAUGGGUCUCCUCCAGAAAUAUCCCUUUCUCUUCUCCCUGCUCCCAUGAGUAACUGCAUUUGCUUUUACAAUUCUUGAUGAGCAAUAUCUGCUAGACAGUUUAGCCGUAACAGUUCUUUUUGCAAAAAGAUCAUUCUUAAGUAAUUAAAAACACCCCCCCCCCAAAAAAUCCAGAACCUUGUUCUUCCAAAGCAGAGAGCAUUACAGUCAGUAGGGCCAAAAUUGCCCUACACCUCCACCCUACCCUCCUCAUCGUUGCUUCUUAUGAGGCCAGAAUAUUGCAGAGAUAUUUUGUAGGCCCUUUGGGUGGCUGGGCUACCCUUGUGCCUCUUGGAAGAUGGGCUGGGGAAACCUCUGAAACCCUAUUCUAGAACCUUACUCUAAUGAGCAAUCAGUAUUAGCAUAGUAUCACAUUAUUCCCCAGUCAGCAUAGAAUGGGGGCAGAAGGGGCCAGAGGGUUGUUGCCGCUAAUACUUGGCCACUGGCCGGUGGGUAACCAUGUGAGUGCUUUAUGGCUGAUGUGAGAUCAGCACCCAAGUUAGCUUCACCUGGUGACCUCUAGCUCUGCCUGGAUGGAGCAGGCCACCUGGUUCGAUGUUUCUGGGCAGCUUGGACAAUGGAGUGCAAAAGGCUUGCAGAACAUGAAGCCUGCUCCUUACCUUGCUACCAUGGCCUCCUUUUCCAUUUGAUUUGUCACUGCUUCAAUUAACAACAGUCGCUCCAGAGUCAGUAGUUGAUGAAUAUAUGACCAAAUAUCACCAGGACUGUUACUCAAUGUGUGCCGAGCCCUUUCCUUGUGCUGGGCUCCCUGUGUACCUGGACACUGUAACGUGUGCUGUGUUUGCUCUCCUUCCUCUUCCUUCCUUGCCCUUUCCUUGUCUUUCUGGGGUUUCUCUGUUUGGGUUUGGUUUGGUUUUAUUCUUCCUUUUGUGUUCCAAACAUGAGGUUCUCUCUAUUGGUCCUCUUUAACUGUGGUGUUGAGGCUUCUAUUUGUGUAAUUUUUGGUGGGUGAAAGGAAUCUUUGCUAAGUAAAUCUCUUCUGUGUUUGAACUGAAGUCUGUAUUGUAACUAUGUUUAAAGUAAUUGUUCCAGAGACAAAUGCUUCUAGACACCUUUUCAUUAAAACAAAGCAUUUGAAGGGAGGUGAUUGGUGACUAAGACAAGAGGGGCAAUCUGAAGAGAUGAUCCCUGCUCAGAUCAGCCAAAAGCCACCAAGAAGUUAAGCACUGGAUUCUCAUUCCAAGUCAAGAGACUGAAGUUAAUAUGUUGCCAUUUUCAAAGUUAGCAGAACCAGGUUUUGUUCCACCCAAUGGAUUCUUUUGAUUCCCCUUCCAAGAUUAUUACUACUAUUGUUAAUUUUAAAAAAAGACAAGGUCAGUUUCUUACAGGCAGGGAGGGGAUGUAAGAGCAGAGCUGAGCUCACUGAAUAGGGAAAGGCUGGGCCUGUGUUUGCUUCAAGAAGAUGCCCCACUGAGGACACAGGUUAGGAAGGAGACAGAAAAUUAAUUAGCCACUCCUUGCCUAAGAAGGAUAAGCCAAGGCAGUAGGCAUUAUUGUCUCCAAAGCAUGUUUCAGGUACAUGACCUGUCAAUACACUCCUUUCACACCCCAUGCUGUCCCCUAGUGCAUAGUACUAAUCUGAUAUCUCGGCUCUCCACCAUGCCUGGGGAAUAAAAUGAUGGCAGAGGAUUCACUCCUUCAGAGUCUCAACAAAAGCUGGGUGUGAGAUACCCUCUCUUUCCAUGGCAAACAUCUUCAGUAAAGCUGUUAUCCUUAUUACGCAUUGUUUCAGGCUCAUAUAAGAGGAACAGACCUGUGCUCCCUUAGAGCCUCUUGUGAGGAUAGUGCUACCUGUAGUGACCAGUUGGCCAUUACAUUUAGUAGCUGGAAGAACCAGACAGGGUACAUGCUCCCUCCUAAAUCCAUGUCGCACUCCCCUCUGCCAGCCUGAAGGGUGAGAUCUGUAGGACAGUGAAGCCAGUGACAGGUCACCCUGUAUUGAAAGAUAUUGGCACCAGCUCAAAAAACCCGUCUGAGUUUAGGAGCAGGCACCCGGGGCACAGAGAUCCAGGACAGGCAUAACUGGAGGGGUCGGUCUUGAAAAGCCCUCUGUCACAUUCACCUUCAGUUUUUGUGUUUUGGGACAAUUACUUUAGAAAAUAAGUAGGUUGUUUUAAAAACAAAAUAUUGAUUGCUUUUUUGUAGUGUUCAAAAAAAAAAGGUUCUUUGUGUAUAGCCAAAUGACUGAAAGCACUGAUAUAUUUAAAAACAAAAGGCAAUUUAUUAAGGAAAUUUGUACCAUUUCAGUAAACCUGUCUGAAUGUACCUGUAUACGUUUCAAAAACACCCCCACUGAACCCCUGUAACCUAUUUAUUAUAUAAAGAGUUUGCCUUAUAAAUUUACAUAAAAAUGUCCGUUUGUGUCUUUUGUUGUAAAAUCAAGUGGUUUUUCAUAAGGUUCUUUUACUAUUUGAAAAGAUGGGCAGCACGUGGUUUUAUUUUAUUUUUGUAAGUUUUUUAAUACAUGUGAAAGCAAAGAAUACUCAGCAUGCCUUUCUAAGUGAUGCGUUUGCACCUUUUGUUGGGAAGUACUGUAUCCUGUGCUGUUAGCAUUCUCGAUAAACCUCUCUGUGAAAGUGA